AUGGAAAGGCAGGAAAAGUGGCUUGAAAAGCUUGACCUUAUUUCGAUUCUCAGAUGGGCAACCUCAGGUCUGCCAUCACAGAAAUUAAAGUACGCUGGGCUUCUGAUCCCAUUUGACAAUGAUUAUAUCCUUUAUGAUAUUUCUACCAAGUCUAAAGGGUGCGAUGAAGACAAAACAUAUAUAAAAGAUGAUCUUAUCCGGACUAACAUUAGAAGAGGUAACUCAAUUUUUGUUAAGCCUCAGAAAGAAAUAAAAAAAUAUCGUUUUAUUGGCUAAUUUGGCUUUCUAAAUAUCAGAUCUAUUAUUAUAUUGAAAAAUAAAAAUAAUAUUUUACAGAAAAUUUGGCCCAUAAUCAAUAUAUAGCAGGAUAUAUUGAUCCUGAAAAAUUAAUCAAGGAUAAUGGAAAGGAUAUUAUUAUUGAAAAUAUUUUAUGGGCCAGAAAAGGGCUCUCGAAAUUUUUUGACUUAUCUAUUGAAUUUCUCAAUCACCGGCAAACUAAAAAUUUAAUGCUGACCGGCAGCUUUUCAGGGUCAUUCCCUAUCUCUUUAUCAUCCUCCCACAAAGAAGCUAUCAGAAGAAUGAUCUUUUAUGAAGCAGAAUUCGCUUUAUUAAGAGAAGGCGCUACUAUUGAUUUAUAUAAAUUGAAUAAAGCAAAUGGAGAAAACGCCCAGUUUUCGUAUAGCCCUCAUUUAAAUGCCUGGAUUAUUGCUUCAAAAAACGUAAGCUUAGCUGCAAGGGUUUCUGAGGACCUCAAAAUUUACUCAAAUAAUCGAUAUGAGUUUGUAAAAGUAAUAGGAGAAGAAUGGUUCAAAAUUUUAUUAAAUUUAAAUGAGCAGGAAUUAGAAGAACUUAAACAGGAUUUAACUGGCUUUACGAUUGCAGGAGAAUAUGUAGGUGAUCUAAAUCAUCAGCAUUUAGUGAGAUAUCAGAAGAUUGAUAUAAUGUUUUAUGCAUAUAUUAAUAAUGAGUCUUCGAGGCCGUGUUUGCCACCUUUGAGGGCUAGCGCUUUAUUUGCGAAAUAUAGGCUGAAAAGUGUGAAAAUGGAGCAUGUAGGAAAUUUUGCGUCUUUGGCUGUAUUUUAUAGUGCACUGGAAAACUUGUAUAAAAGUAUUUCAUCACAAAGUCUUGAGUCUGAAGAAGAGGGGAGUGUUAUUUAUAUAUAACAUUUAUAAAGAAUGCAAUGGGUAAAUGAUAUAGAAUUUUAUUUAUUUUAAAAACAAAUAGAUUGGCAUUAUUUAUUAUAUUUUUAAUCUUAUAAGAAAUUUUAUAGUCAAAAAUGACCAUACCGAAAAUCAUUUGCUUACAUCAGCUUCUGAGACAAUUUCUCAAGAAAAUUUCGAUUUUUAUAUGAAUCCUGAAUUUUAUUCGGCUGUCAACAGCCAAGAAACCCUUUCGCUUUGCAAAAUAAAAACUCUUGAAUACAGAAUAUUCAGAAAACUGAGACAAAAAGCAAAAGCAAUAUCAUCAAAAAAAAAUCCAGCUAAUGCCCUAAUAUUGCUUACUCCCCCCCCCCCCCUCUCCGUGAGCGAACAAAAAAAUUUUGUUCGCUCACGGAGGGGGGUUAAUUUUUUUUUUUAAAAAAAAUUUAUAUAUAAAUUUUAUAAAAAAUAUUUUUUUCGAAAUUUAAAAAAAUCCUAAUUUGCAAAAAUUGGGAAGCAAAUAUUAAUUUAAUUUGCAAAAUUUAUGUUUUAAAACGCAAUUUGUUUAAAAUUAAACAGAAUUAGCUCUAGAUUUCAUUAUACUAAUUAUCACUUAUAUAUCAAAAUUUUUUUCCCAUUAAAAUUUUUUCUAUUAAAAAAAUUUUUGUUCACUCACGGAGGGUGGGUUUUUGGUCAAAAAAUGGCGAUUUUUCUAAUGGUUUUGUUCGCUCACGGAGGGGGGGGGGAGUUAACAAGCUAAAAAAAGAAGUAAAAGAUUUAGUUAAAGACUAUGAGCUCCCAAGGCCGCUUGACUAUUACUUUGAAAUUGCAGCAACUGCAUUUGAGUAUGUAAAAGAAAGCAAAUACAUUGAAAGGUUCAAAAAAGGGUAUAUCGACUUUCUUGAUAAAAUAAGACAAAUCGUGGAUGGUGUCGCUCCAGUGCCAUUUUUAAGCCAUGAAAAAAGCAUUGAAAGAAAGCCUUUAUCAAUUAUUAUAAAUUCUCCACCUUGCUUUAUUACCCCAAAAGAAGCAGAAUUAUUUUUAGAUGUCUUAAAACCUAAUGAAGUAGUUUACCAAUGAAACGAAACUUCAAAAGUCGAAAAAGGCUUCAAAUUAUGCUUUUUGUCUCACAGAGUCAAAAUCAGUAAAAAUUUCAAGCAAAAUGCUUUAAUUGUGUUUUAUGGGGCCACAAGUGAAGGCAUUAUAAGAUGUGAAGAGGAGCUUAAAGCAUAUGCAAAUGCAAACCCUUCAACUGUUCCUUCAUGCGUGCUUCCAUUUUUAAAAAGAAAAGAUAUUGGUCCUAGGCUAUCAAAAUUGUUAUCAGAGUGGACUACUGAUAAAGAAUUUUUACAAAAUCAAUAUCCUGCCUAUGUAAUAGAUGCAGAAAAUAAGCCUAUAAAAGAACUUUUAGAAAUAAUUCAAGAGAGAAUUGAAGAACUGCCAGCUCCUAUUGAAAAUGAUAUGCAAAAAGUAGAAGAAGAGCAGAAAGAAUGCCCUGAAAAACCCAUAUGUUCAGGUAAAAUGGCUUAUAUAAUUGUUCCUAUGGGAAUUCCUUGUAUGGGAAAAGCAUCUUUUCUGGCUGCUUUACAAAGGUAUUCAGAUGAAAAUGGGAUAGUUCUCAAGACAAUUUGUUCAGAUGAUAUUAGAAAUCGCUGCAUGUCAGAAUACAUGAAAAAACGUAGGAAUUAUGACAGAGAAAAAGCGUUUCGAAAAACUCAUAAUAGCUCUAGGACCACUUUUUUUGACCAGCUUAAAAAUGCAACAAUGUCAAAUUCUCAUGAAAAACAAAUAAUUUUUUUAGACAAAAAUCACCCACCUAAAUCAAUAAUGUGUACUUUGCAAGAAAUUAAAGCUGUUGAAGCUUACUCCAAUUUAAAAUUAAUUGCACUAGUCCCAGAAUGCCGUGAGCCACUUAUAAUUCAAUUACGAAAUAAAAAGAAAAAUACUUAUGAAAUAUCGUUAUCAAUGCUAAUUCAAUGCUUAUUAAGAGUUAGAGAUAGAAAACAGCAUGAUAUUAUAAAUGGAAAACUCUUUCAUAGGCUUUCAAUUGUAUUGAUGAUGUAUCAAAUGUAUCAAAAUGUUAAAUUUGAAGAUUAUUUAUCAACUGGAUUUUCCUAUAUAAUGAGAAUCCCAUUUACAGACGAGUCAAGUUGAGAAAUCGACCCAAAUCUUACAGAAAGCAUCAUAAAAGUUCUAUCAGGCUUCGAUAAUAAUGAAUUUCCACAUAAAUCGAUUGUUACCAACCUUGAGCAGGAAAUCGAAAAAUCCACAUUGAGUUUCCCUAUAAUUGAUCCAUACCCAGCCUUAUGUGAGCAAAUUAACUUGAUUUUAAAUGGAAAUUCUGAGACAAAAAAUGAUGAAAUUCAGCGUGAAAAAGCUCCAACAGCCAUAGAAAUAGAAUUUAACGUGAAUAGUAAACCUGGAUUAAUUUCAAUUAUUUUAGAAAAUUUAGAAAAAUUGGCUUCACAUUAUGAAGACCAAGAAAUUAGGUCAGAUUUAGCAGAAAUACAUGAAUAUGCAAAUAAUGGUAAUAAAUCCAUAUGAAAUGUGUGUGAUGAGCUGCUUCAUACUGAAACAGUUAAUAUAGAUAAGAAUUACGAUGAAAAUUUGGAAGAAAAAUUACAUAUAAAGUCAAGAGUAACACAUAUUAUUUAUAUCCCAAAAAAUACAAUUUAUUGCUGCUCAUGUAUUGAUGUAGAAAAUGACUCUUUCCCUUUAAAAAAUCUUUAUAUCCCUGUAUUAGCCUAUCAAAAUUCCCAGCCAAUAAAUAAUUUCCAGCUAAAACAAGUCAUCAUAAGCGAAAAUUCCCAAAUAACAGAAAUCCAAGUUGACGAAUCGCCAAAAAAAGCUUAUUCAAUUCCUUUAUCUGAACUCUACAAAUUAGAAGGAUCUACACAACUUUAUUAUUAG